AUGGAUGAAAACUCGGACAUCACAGGGUGGAGGAUCCCAGCACUGGACGGAACACCUAACGGAUUCACCGUCCAACAGGACCAGGAUCAGCGAACCUCUUGUGCUUCAAUCCGGGUCAGGGAGAUUACCAUACCCACCAUUCUGUCACAUCAUCCCAGCUCUAAUAUCCACCAUUCUCCAUUCUGUCACAUCCUCCCAGCUCCAAUACCCACCAUUCUGUCGCAUCCUCCCAGCUCCACUCUCCACCAUUCUGUCGCAUCCUCCCAGCUCCAAUAUCCACCAUUCUCCAUUCUGUCACAUCCUCCCAGCUCCAAUAUCCACCAUUCUGUCACAUCCUCCCAGCUCCACUCUCCACCAUUCUGUCACAUCCUCCCAGCUCCACUCUCCACCAUUCUGUCGCAUCCUCCCAGCUCCAAUAUCCACCAUUCUCCAUUCUGUCGCAUCCUCCCAGCUCCACUCUCCACCAUUCUGUCGCAUCCUCCCAGCUCCACUCUCCACCAUUCUGUCACAUCCUCCCAGCUCCAAUAUCCACCAUUCUCCAUUCUGUCACAUCCUCCCAGCUACAAUAUCCACCAUUCUGUCACAUCCUCCCAGCUCCAAUAUCCACCAUUCUCCAUUCUGUCACAUCCUCCCAGCUACAAUACCCACCAUUCUGUCACAUCCUCCCAGCUCCAAUACCCACCAUUCUGUCACAUCCUCCCAGCUGCAAUACCCACCAUUCUGUCACAUCCUCCCAGCUGCAAUACCCACCACUCUCCAUUCUGUCACAUCCUCCCAGCUCCAAUACCCACCACCCACCAUUCUGUCACAUCCUCCCAGCUACAAUAUCCACCACCCACCAUUCUGUCACAUCCUCCCAGCUCAAAUACCCACCACCCACCAUUCUGUCACAUCCUCCCAGCUCCAAUAUCCACCAUUCUGUCGCAUCCUCCCAGCUCCAAUAUCUACCACUCUCCAUUCUGUCACAUCCUCCCAGCUCCAAUACCCACCACUCACCAUUCUGUCACAUCCUCCCAGCUACAAUAUCCACCACUCACCAUUUUGUCACAUCCUCCCAGCUACAAUACCCACCACUCACCAUUCUGUCACAUCCUCCCAGCUACAAUACCCACCAUUCUGUCACAUCCUCCCAGCUCCAAUAUCCACCAUUCUGACACAUUCUCCCAGCUCCAAUACCCACCACUCACCAUUCUGUCACAUUCUCCCAGCUCCAAUAUCCACCAUUCACCAUUCUGUCACAUCCUCCCAGCUACAAUACCCACCAUUCUGUCACAUCCUCCCAGCUCCAAUAUCCACCACUCUCCAUUCUGUCACAUCCUCCCAGCUCCAAUAUCCACCAUUCUCCAUUCUGUCACAUCCUCCCAGCUCCAAUACCCACCACUCACCAUUCUGUCACAUCCUCCCAGCUACAAUAUCCACCACCCACCAUUCUGUCACAUCCUCCCAGCUACAAUAUCCACCACCCACCAUUCUGUCACAUCCUCCCAGCUACAAUAUCCACCACCCACCAUUCUGUCACAUCCUCCCAGCUCCAAUACCCACCACCCACCAUUCUGUCACAUCCUCCCAGCUCCAAUAUCUACCACUCUCCAUUCUGUCACAUCCUCCCAGCUCCAAUACCCACCACCCACCAUUCUGUCACAUCCUCCCAGCUACAAUACCCACCACUCUCCAUUCUGUCACAUCCUCCCAGCUCCAAUACCCACCACCCACCAUUCUGUCACAUCCUCCCAGCUACAAUAUCCACCACCCACCAUUCUGUCACAUCCUCCCAGCUCCAAUACCCACCACCCACCAUUCUGUCACAUCCUCCCAGCUCCAAUAUCCACCAUUCUGUCGCAUCCUCCCAGCUCCAAUAUCUACCACUCUCCAUUCUGUCACAUCCUCCCAGCUCCAAUACCCACCACUCACCAUUCUGUCACAUCCUCCCAGCUACAAUAUCCACCACUCACCAUUUUGUCACAUCCUCCCAGCUACAAUACCCACCACUCACCAUUCUGUCACAUCCUUCCAGCUACAAUAUCCACCACUCUCCAUUCUGUCACAUCCUUCCAGCUCCAAUACCUACCAUUCUGUCACAUCCUCCCAGCUACAAUAUCCACCACUCUCCAUUCUGUCACAUCCUUCCAGCUCCAAUACCCACCAUUCUGUCACAUCCUCCCAGCUCCAAUAUCCACCAUUCUGUCACAUUCUCCCAGCUCCAAUACCCACCACUCACCAUUCUGUCACAUUCUCCCAGCUCCAAUAUCCACCAUUCACCAUUCUGUCACAUCCUCCCAGCUACAAUACCCACCAUUCUGUCACAUCCUCCCAGCUCCAAUAUCCACCAUUCUGACACAUUCUCCCAGCUCCAAUACCCACCACUCACCAUUCUGUCACAUUCUCCCAGCUCCAAUAUCCACCAUUCACCAUUCUGUCACAUCCUCCCAGCUACAAUACCCACCAUUCUGUCACAUCCUCCCAGCUCCAAUAUCCACCAUUCUGACACAUUCUCCCAGCUCCAAUACCCACCACUCACCAUUCUGUCACAUUCUCCCAGCUCCAAUAUCCACCAUUCACCAUUCUGUCACAUCCUCCCAGCUCCAAUAUCCACCACUCUCCAUUCUGUCACAUCCUCCCAGCUCCAAUAUCCACCAUUCUCCAUUCUGUCACAUCCUCCCAGCUCCAAUACCCACCACUCACCAUUCUGUCACAUCCUCCCAGCUACAAUAUCCACCACCCACCAUUCUGUCACAUCCUCCCAGCUACAAUAUCCACCACCCACCAUUCUGUCACAUCCUCCCAGCUACAAUAUCCACCACCCACCAUUCUGUCACAUCCUCCCAGCUCCAAUACCCACCACUCACCAUUCUGUCACAUCCUCCCAGCUACAAUAUCCACCACCCACCAUUCUGUCACAUCCUCCCAGCUACAAUAUCCACCACCCACCAUUCUGUCACAUCCUCCCAGCUACAAUACCCACCACCCACCAUUCUGUCACAUCCUCCCAGCUACAAUACCCACCAUUCUGUCACAUCCUCCCAGCUACAAUACCCACCAUUCUGUCACAUCCUCCCAGCUCCAGUAUCCACCACCCACCAUUCUGUCACAUCCUCUCAGCUCCAAUAUCAAGCACUCACCAUUCUGUCACAUCCUCUCAGCUCCAAUAUCAAGCACUCACCAUUCUGUCACAUCCUCUCAGCUCCAAUAUCAAGCACUCACCAUUCUGUCACAUCCUCUCAGCUCCAAUAUCCACCACCCACCAUUCUGUCACAUCCUCCCAGCUACAAUAUCUACCACCCACCAUUCUGUCACAUCCUCUCAGCUCCAAUAUCAAGCACUCACCAUUCUGUCACAUCCUCUCAGCUCCAAUAUCCACCACCUACCAUUCUGUCACAUCCUCCCAGCUACAAUACCCACCAUUCUGUCACAUCCUCUCAGCUCCAAUAUCCACCACUCACCAUUCUGUCACAUCCUCCCAGCUCCAAUAUCAACCACUCACCAUUCUGUCACAUCCUCCCAGCUCCAAUAUCAACCACUCACCAUUCUGUCACAUCCUCCCAGCUCCAAUAUCAACCACUCACCAUUCUGUCACAUCCUCCCAGCUCCAAUAUCAACCACUCACCAUUCUGUCACAUCCUCCCAGCUCCAAUAUCAACCACUCACCAUUCUGUCACAUCCUCCCAGCUACAAUAUCAACCACUCACCAUUCUGUCACAUCCUCCCAGCUCCAAUAUCAACCACUCACCAUUCUGUCACAUCCUCCCAGCUACAAUAUCAACCACUCACCAUUCUGUCACAUCCUCCCAGCUCCAAUAUCAACCACUCACCAUUCUGUCACAUCCUCCCAGCUACAAUAUCAACCACUCACCAUUCUGUCACAUCCUCCCAGCUACAAUAUCAACCACUCACCAUUCUGUCACAUCCUCCCAGCUACAAUAUCUACCACUCUCCAUUCUGUCACAUCCUCCCAGCUACAAUAUCAACCACCCACCAUUCUGUCACAUCCUCUCAGCUCCAAUAUCAACCACUCACCAUUCUGUCACAUCCUCCCAGCUACAAUAUCAACCACUCACCAUUCUGUCACAUCCUCCCAGCUCCAAUAUCCACUCCUUAUAUUUUCAUCUGAUAUCAUUUUCAAACAUUAUCCUUCCUACAGGUGAUUUACAAAAUUGUCAGCACACUAUCUUUCAAUAA